UAGCUGUCUGUGUUGAGGCAGUCACGUGUAAAAUAGUGUUCGUUUAGUCUUAUUUCUUUCGUUCUUGACUGUAGGGAGAAGAGGUCUUGUCUUGUCUGUGCAUUUUCCUCAUCGUCAGGUGUUUGCUUCAUGUUGUGAGCUAUCCUUUCAUUUUAAAUUCACCAUUUCACCGAAGAAUGAGUGACAACGAUGAUAUCGAAGUCGAUAGUGACGAAGACUCACCGAGAUAUCACAAUGUGGCAGACAAACGAGCACACCACAAUGCACUGGAGCGCAAGCGUAGGGAUCACAUCAAAGACAGCUUUCACAGCCUGCGGGACUCGGUGCCCGCCUUGCAAGGGGAAAAGGUUGGUAGAGAGGUGGCGUCAGUCCUACGCGACGCUCGUCCCUCAACAGGGACCAGUGCAGGCGGAAUCGUCGCGCUGUCUGACCAAUCUAUCAAACAGGCGUCCCGAGCUCAGAUUCUAGACAAAGCCACGGACUAUAUCCAGUACAUGAGAAGGAAAAACCACACCCACCAGCAGGACAUCGACGACCUGAAGAGGCAGAACGCACUGCUGGAGCAGCAAGUGCGUGCCCUGGAGAAGGUGAAGGGUUCGACCCAGCUCCAGGCCAGCUACAGUUCUUCAGACAGCAGCCUGUACACCAACCCUAAAGGCAGCGCUGUGUCUGCUUUCGACGGAGGCUCUGACUCCAGCUCUGAGUCCGAGCCAGAGGAACCCCCCGCCCCCAGGAAGAAGCUCCGAGUGGAGGCCAGCUAGAGCGACGGGCCAGCCCACAGCGCCACGCCUGGCGUGGAGGGGUACUGCAUGCACAGUUACUGGUCCAGUAGUCGGUGCUGCUCCUCUGUUUCUCACUACCACCUCCUCCUUCCCUCCCUCCCUGCAUAUCGCUGAAUGUGCUCUCGCUGGAGAAUGCAGACGCCAUCCGUCCCUGCCGAUCUGUCUAUCCUGACGUUCUUUCAUCACGCCAUCCCCUGGGGAGGGAGGGAAGCCAGCUGGGAGGAAGAAAAGGAGACUGAUUUUAGAAUAGGACGUGCAAAGCUUCUGUUUUUUUCUUUUUUCUUGUCGGUUCCUUUCUUCCUUUUCUGUCCUCUCUCUCUCUGUCUCUCUCUCUGUCUCUCUCUCUGUCUCUCUCUGUCUCUCUCUCUGUCUCUCUGUCUCUCUCUGUCUCUCUCUGUCUC